CCUUGAUCUUCUGGUGGAUGACUCCAAUCUCGGCUUGGGCCUCCAUGAGGUCGGCCUUCCAGAAUUCCCUCAUGUCUAUCAGGAGCCUUUUAAUGUCACCCCUGGUGGAUGGAGUCAAGUCUUCAUCCGAGUCCAAGGGCUGGCUCCUCCGAGGAUUCCGGGUCACUCUGUGCCUCAGGCGCCAUAUUGGAAGUUGCUGGCG